GCUUUGAAGAUGUCUAGAAAGAAACUGAAGAAAUUAACUGGAAAGGAAGACUGUUUGGAUGGCCAGGAUGAGAAUACUACUGAAGACACAAGAUCUUACAAGAACACUAUGAAAGGAGAGACAGAACUCCAGAGAUCCAAACCAGAGAAAGAUGGGCAAGACAAGAAGAAGCGACACCAAAGUUUUACUGUUUCUCAUGAUGCUGAUGAAAGAUCCCAAGGAAAAUCUCCAAAUAGAAGCAAAACUCCAAACAAUUCUUCAGUUCAACCUGAAAAGCAAAAGAAAAUAGUUAUCCAAUUUAAACCCAAAGAAAUUAAACAUGGAAAAAUCAGCUGCACUCCUGACGCAGUGACUGUGAACAAGGAACGAAGUCGCUCCGAGGGAACAGAGAAAAGGCUCUGGUACACCUUUGAACUUCAGAGGGAGAAGGCCCUGAAGAAGAAGAGAGAGAAAGCUGAACUCUGCAAGCUCAAGCUAAAAGCAGAACAAGCCAUGAUAGAGAAGUUUAAGUCGUCAGUAUCCGAAGUGCCACAUAAAAAGGCAGACAGCUCAAAAAAGCGGAGCGAGGAUGGCAGAAUUCCAAAGAAGCCACCCGGCACCUCUGUGGGGACAGAGUGCGGUGGCAGACCGGUCACUAAGGAGUCGCAUGUACUAUCUGGCCUUUGGGAAGAAGAGGAGAAAGAAGAAUAUAAGGAGUUGCCUGUGAAAAAGAGACACAUGAGUAAACACAGAUCAACAGACUCUUCAGCCGAGACACCUUCACGAUGGGACUCCCGUAAGUGGAAAAAGCACGUUGCUGGUUCUCCUCCUGAACCUUCUGGAUGUUCAGGGACUGAAGAGAGGGACUUUGAAGCCACACAAGUAUGUUUUAAGCAGGAUUUGGGGGGGCCGUGCACGUCUGAGUCCUACCAGGAAGGUGAGGUCAGAAAGCCUGUGCCUGUCCAGCAGAACUUUGAAGACUUUCCAGCCCUUCAAGACACUCGGAGCCCAGAAACAGACCAAGAGAUGCAGAUAGUUGAAGACUUGCACGUUGCCCGUGUGGAGAAGAGGAUGGCUCUGUCUGUAGUACAGGCUUGUGGAGAACUUACAAGCAUGGACAUUGAUCUUCCAGAGCAGGAUUUAAAUAUUUCUGCUGAGGCUUUUACUUCUGGUCUGAACAUACUGGUGGUGAUUGACACAAACAUCAUGAUUAGUCACCUUGAGUUUGUCAGAUCCCUGAAGUCUGAGGAUAUACCAGGUGUUGACAGACUUGCUUUAAUAAUUCCCUGGGUCGUCCUACAAGAGCUGGACAAUUUGAAGAAGGGGAAGAUGUUGCAGCAUGUCCGGGACAAAGCGAUCCCUGCAGUCCAGUUCAUCUACAAGUGUCUCAAAAACCAGGAUUCCAAGCUGUGGGGGCAGUCCAUGCAGCUGGCUUCCCAAAAAAUAUAUGGGCUGAGCGAUGAGAACAAUGACGACCGUGUCCUGCAGUGCUGCCUGCAGUACCAGAGCCUCUUCCCUGAGGCUGUUGUCAUCCUCUGCACAGAUGAUAAAAAUCUGUGUAAUAAAGCCAUUGUGAGUGAGGUCAAGGCAUUCUGCAAAGCUGAUUUGGUCACUGCUCUGCAGAACGUGCAUGUGAACAGGCACCAGAGCUGUGGUGAACAGCAGCCCAGACGUGAUACAGCAUUUGAGAAGACACAAGGAAGUGAUGCUGGUUUUACUGCACAAUUCCCAAAUGUGCUUCCACACCUUGAGAAGAACUUAGGAGAAGCUUUGUCUUGUAUUCUGGAGACUGAGAUGAAACUUGCAUUCGGAAACCUGUGGAUGGAGAUCCUGUAUCUGAAGCCGCCGUGGACAUUGGUAAACCUACUGAAGUGUUACAAAAAACACUGGAUGUCUGUUUUUGGUUAUGUGGUGCCAAGGAGCUUACUUUCAACUGUUGAGUGUCUCUCUAAGCACCUUUGUACAGAUAAACCGUUGGACUCCUCAUCAGUGCGUGUCUUGCUCCAGGAAUCCAAAAAACUCCUCCAUGCUUUCAGCUCCAGGUCAGACUACAACGGUGUCCUACCCCAGGCUUAUGCUGCAGUGACUAAACUGUGUGACAGGCUGGGAGAGGUGAGGGCAGACAGUGAACAGGAUUUAUCAGAAGACAUCAUGGUUCUUUCAGAAAAUGCUGAAAAAAUGGAAGCCACGACACCCAAUCUGCCAAACUCUGAAGAAAAAGAGUUACAUCCAAGCUUUCAUGUGGCUCAGGAAAGCAGGCACCAGGAAAUCUGGUCGGUCCUUGAGGGUGUUUGGAACACAAUGAACCUGUUCAGUAUUGAAAUAUUCCAGAAGUUGGACCCCAGUGCAGUGACUAUGGCUGCAAAGUCUUCGUUUGAGGAAGCUUUUUUAGGCCUGCAAAAGCUGUUGGCAGCAGUGAAGGAUAUCCAGGAAGGAAUUAGUAGAAUUUUGAGCCCAACCAGCAGUUUCCAAGAUAUUUGGACCCUCUAUAACUUCCUCAUAAGGCACGAGGUGAAUAACAGUCUGAAAUUCACUGCUGAGGAGCUUUAUGGGUGUGUUUCCCAGGAGCUGUAUAGGGAAAGGUUGGAAGUUGGUUGCUGCCAGCUGGCACAGCUGGAGCAGACCCUGGAGCAGUGCCAGGUGUCAGUGCACAGGGAGGCCAAGAGCAGGGGCUGGCUGUGACACCCCUGGGCUGUGACACCCCUGGGCUGUGACACCUCCGGGCUGUGACACCUCCGGGCUGUGACCUGGAGCUGGGGGGCUCAGCCCUGCCUUGGCCUCACCCAGGUGAACUCUGACCCCCCAGGGGAGGAGAGGGAAGCACUGGAGGAGCCAAAACACCUGCCUUCUGUUGUCAACGGUGCUGGUUUGUGUUGAGUUGAAGGAAAAAACCCUGGUUACCUGUGGACAUUAAAUGUCGAAUUUCUGCUGCAAACCACCCACCAGUAGAAUGCUCUGUCUCGAGGGAGGAUAUCCAUGGAUACCCAGGAAAACCACGGCUGGGCUGGGAUGCAGAGGGGGGCUGGGAUGCUCUGAGUGCUGUUGAUGGGCCCAUAGGAAAACCCUGGUGUUUGUUUUGCUGGUACUUUAGAAGUGACAAGUGAGAUAACUGAGUCUGUUGUGUCCCAUGGGGGGCUCUGGAAGAUGGAAAGGGGCCGAGGACAAGGCUGGGAAUGAAGGACUGAGGAGGGGCAAUGGGGACAGAUGGAUGCUCAUUGUUUUUAAAAACAAAGCAAACCCCACACACACCCCCUCCUGCAGGUGUGUUUGUCCUGGACCCCUUUCCAGAGGAAAGGGAUGUUUUUCCUUUGUUAAAAUGCCUGCUUAAUCUUCACACAGUGGAAACCUGCUGGCAGUGCUCUUUGGGAAAUUCAUCAUCCUUCUCUUGCCACCUCCUCCCGCCAGGGUGGGGCUGGUCAUCCCUGCCCUGCAGGUGACAUCUCUCACUGCGCUGCUGGUUGCUCUCCAGAACUGCCUAAAGCCCAUGAAACUUUCCAAGAGCCAUUCUCCAAGGCCUUUCUAACGCUACCUCUUCAUGUGUAUUUGUACUGAGACAAGAGAUGACUGGCAAAGUUCUAAAAGGUCUAUUUUGAUAUUAACUUUUGGAUGUAUUUGUAAAACCUUGAUUGUACAGAUGUAAUUUAUUGUUACAUUAAACAGUGGUUGAUUCUUGA